AUGCAAGCCCCCGUCAUGCGUCAAACGAGCGACAAAAGCAAGCUACGGCGGGCGUCAUACCCGCUGUUGCUCUCGCUGAUGUUGAUUGGCCACCUCCUGCACGGCGGUGCCGCCGUCAAUCUGCCAUCCCUGUCUUGGCUCAGCGGUCGAAUCCAUCGAGCCGGCCAGCUGGUACCAGAACAGCAGCUCGGGCAAGUUAUCAAUGUCGACACAUCUCUCCGGCUUGCACCCAGCGGCCUGCCUCGCGAACCUAUCUCCUUCGAGCGUAGUCAGGGAGUCGACGGGCUCCCUCGGUCCGCAACAAGCCUCUUCCGUCCGCCCACCGCUGUGCUUCGCAUCGACGGCGGCCCUACAUCGCUCCUACAAGCGUCGGUCUCGCCUCCGCACGAGUCUGCGGAUGUCGGGCGCUACGGACAAGGUCGCCUGAAUCGAGACGACUACUCCCUUCAGCCACAGCAGCAGCGAUCGCCGACUUCUUAUCAGUCCGAGCAAGGGCGCUCCGACAGCGAGCCGGCCGGGUUGCAUGAUGCCGCGCAGUCUCAUCUGCAGCCGUCCACUUCCAGCGAGAUCGCCCUGGGCAAGCCUCUUCCCGUGUCGGCAUCCGAAAGACUUACGCGCCUACUGGUAGGAGCGACGCCGCAGGACGCCGAUGCCGAGCUGCAGGCCCACGAACACCCAUCGGCAAGGCGGGGAAGGCCGAGGGCGCUUAGCGCAUGGGACUACGGGAACGCAGACGUCUUUGAGCGGGUAAAGUACGAGAUCCUCGAGCGGUUGCAGGCCUACAUGAAGCAAGGUUCCGACAUGACCGCUGCUGUCGGGCGCCUGAUCGACUUUGCGCCGACGUACGCUGAGCCAGAAGAUCCCAGGGAGCUGAGGCGCAUCUACGACCUGCCCAAACACGCACUCAGCGACAUCAACAGAGCGAUACUGUUCAAAGACAUCGACACGCCGUCGCACCGAGUCUACUUCCGCGAGAACAAGAAGCGCUCCAACGACCUCUCGACUGACGCUCGCAAAGUCAGCGUCUUUUCCGCCGUCGCCCUUCCUUGGCCCCGAGACUCUUCGCAGCGCGUGACGUUCCUCGGGGAGAUCGUUGUGCUACGAAGGCUGGCGUUCACUCGGAAGAAUCUGCCCAAGCGGCCGUUUGCCGUCAGCAAGAUCUCGACGGGGCCACUUUUUGGUCGAGCACCGCUCGCUCGCAGCUAG